AUGGCCGCGCUGCACGUCACGCACUACGCCCCUGUUCUAACCGUUAGCUUAUGAUAGCGGUUAGCUCGACGCUAGCGUCAUUAGCGAUCUUUUAUAACCACUCUUUUAAGCUCACAUUGAUCAGUGUUUUUGUCUGUGAAGUAUCAGGCACUUGUUAACAGUGUUACAGCUCUGAUUAGUUUUGGGAAACAGCAGUAAAUCACUCUAAGGAGUCAGUGAGGUUAAUAUAGCAUUCACACAACCGUUAGCAUUUUUAACCGGAAGUAACGCCCGCGACAAAUGCGCCUCGUUCAACUUCCGCCUUCACACAGAGUUUUCCCUCCCCUCCAGCGUCUAAUUACCCUCCAAACAGCUCUACUUUUUCUUCUCCCUUCUCUGUUAGAUCAUUUGGAGCUCUAUCAGUUAACUUAAACAUUCAUUCACACAGAUAUUCAUCCCUUCACUUACUUACCGAGCGUCCAUUCGCGCCAUCAUGCCGGAUCAUGUUUCCAAAUAAGGAAACAGAGCGCGUGAUUUCCGGGUGUAAAAUAGGUGUGUAUGGAGGGUCAAAGUGGUCACAUGAUGCAAGAAAAAUUAAUUCCCUUGUUGUUUGUCAUGAGUCCCUAAAAAUUAAAGCUCCAUUGAUUUGUGUAAAAAAGAAGUUAAAAUGGCAGAAAUUCACAGAAAAAGGUUUGAAGGUUAAAAAUAGUAAAAAUGGUUUAAAUGUGAGUAAUGAGUCUCUCCCCCCACCCCAACUUAUGUAAUUGAUAACACCCAAGUCUGGGCGGGGCUAAGGGGGUUUAAAAAAGGCUUCUUGGGCCUUUGUUUCUUUUAGUCUGGAGUUUGUUGUAUGGAAGGUAACUGACACUGACUUUUUCUGCACCUUGGAAGGCCGGCUGUAAAUAAAUCCUAUCACCGUAAGUACUGUGUUUUCCACUACACUUGUGUUUUUCCACUAUAUUUUGAUUGUUUAAGUGAGGGCUUUGUGCAUAUUUAGUGAAAUACUCUGAGUGAGGAGACACUUUUUUUCCUUUUUAAAUUUCAGUAUCAUGGACAAUUGACAUGUACAGCUCAAUCUGAGGGAUUAUGUAAUAUAAUAAUUAUCUUUGUGCUUUAGUAACGAUAAAAUGGGUACACAGUUGGUUUCCCACUGUGUGCACUGUCAUCAGAACAAAAUAUCUAAACAAACAAUAAAAUUCACCAUCUCCCUAAUUUUUUUCACAACUUGAAUACUGAUUUUAGAGUACCUCUAAAGUUAUAUUACAGAGUAGGGGAGAGUGGGGUAAGAUGAUCCAUUUUUCAUAUUUCAGAUCACUCCAUCAGGUCAAUCCUAUUUUUGUCUCUAACUCGUGUCUCUGCAGAUAUUUCAGGAUGUUGUUCAUCCCUGUAAACCAACAGAAUGAGUUUAAACAGAACUGUCAUCUUGAUAAUAUAGCAUGUUAAAAAAGUGGUCUCCUUCGGUCAAUUUACCCCGUGUAUGUGGUUACCUAUCCCGUGUGUGUACCUACCUUAAAUCACAGAGUACCUUUAAGUGUUUCUGAAACAGACUUUAGAUAUAGAUGUUUGUUUUUAGACUGAUUUAGUUAAUUCACAGAGAUGACCGACCUCCAUCACAGUCAUGAAAACACACACAGACAGACUGACAGCAUGUUAACCCCCUCCUCAGUAAUAUAACCUCAGCUCCUCUUUGUAUCCCCUCUGCAGGUUUUUGACCGUCACCUUGAACAAAGCGGGUCAUGUGACGUCUCCAUCAUUGAUCGUGGGCUGUGGUUUCCUGGUUUCCUGCGGUCUCUCUCUGUGGCUGAGAUGACGGUGUGCUCAGACUGCUGGUACCUCAGCACCAAUCAAUCAGCCUUAAUCCAAAACCAAUUUACUGCGCCUGGAGAGGAAAAUAUCUUUUAAUCUCUCCCUGACAAUCCCUGAUUGCUGCGAGCAGACGUCCACCGUCCAAAUGUGCCGCUCUGAGCGGGCGCUCGGGUUGGAUUUAAGGUUGGCCAUUUUUACUCACAUGAAUAAACACAGUGUUUAAUACCUGAGAGAGCAGCGGAUCCUCAGUGGAGGUAUUAUCUUCACCUUUACCAGCAUUUAUGAAAGCUGCUGUUCUGCUGUAAAGGUGAGAAAGAGGCGGUCUAUCCCUUUACAUCUUAAUCUGACUGGAUUACAGGUUUGAAUGUACAAACAUAAACCUCUGAUUUAAUAACAUCUGCAUGAAAGUGAACCUGACUGAGCUGAUCGGGUUAGAUAACUCGCUGUGUGUGUCUUUGUCAUCGCUCAGUUUAAUCUGAUGUGGUCUAAUCUGAGUGUGCUGUCAGAUUAAACACAGUCAGUCUGAUGUCUCUGAGUUACCUGAGUUACCUGGCUGUGAGGAGGGCACUUCCUGGUUGGUGAAAAAAGGUGUGGCUAAAAGUGGUCUGGACUUUUAUACCACAGACAUAAUAUACUUAGACGCCUCAAAGCCUGACGCUGCCUACUGGAGCUCACGUACCAGCACGGCCGCCAUCUUGGAUGGGUCCCCCAUGCGCCUCCAGUGCAUUAAGGUAGGUAGGAAUGCUCAACCAUGUUAAUAAUAACUCUCUGAAUCUCUGCCCGAUUUUCACACUGUUUGGUUUGUUGCAAAUGGCAGGGAUGUGGCCAUAAUACCUGACAAUGUCACACAUGAAAAACAAACCAAAUUAUCUUCAAUCCUAUAUGUGAAAUUUAAUCCUACGUGAUAUGAUUUCAAUACUGUGUCGGGUUUUUCAACCAUAUAGUGUGAAAAUCCAGGCAUAGUUGCUCGUUCUCCAGUGACUCCGUUUGGCUCUUGAGCAAACCUGGAGUAGAGAGACCCGUCCAAUAUGGCGGCGACGCUGGAUUACGCUCCAGCGCGUCAUGAGGCGUCUAGGUACAUAAUAUCUAUGUUUUAUACUGAAGCUGGUCUGUUGGAUCAGACCAUGUGGUCUGAAGUCAUGGGGGGCGACUCCGGUGUUUUCUGUUGGACAUUUUGGACCUUCUGAGGAAAUUUUUUUUUGUCUUUAUGUGUUUUAUUUAUUGUUUAUUUAUUGUUUAUUAGGAUCCCCAUUUAUUAGCUUUUGUCAAGAUUCAUCCAUGAUUAUACAAUCACUCAUUUACCAAACGAUUAAAUAAAAAUGGGAAAAAAGGGUGUUAUAAGGAAAUAACAGAACGCAUUAAUAUGAACUAAGACACGAUCAUUUAUAAUACAUUAGUACAGACUUCAUCUCCUCAAGUGUUGUUUUAAGCUUUUCUUGAAAACCAUUUUUGUGCCUGAAUUUUUUUAAUAUAAUUAGGUAUUUAGUUCUAUCCUGUUAUUACUCGAUAGGUAAAAGUAGAUUUAAGUCGUUGUGUCUGUCUAGUCAUGUAGUUAUGUCCAUUUUGUGUAUAUUCAACUCAGUCAUAUAGAUGCUGUAGUCUCUUGUCCAUUAAAACAGUACGGACAAAAGUGAGAGUACGAGAAUGUAAACUAUUCUCAACAGGAAGAGCUUUCUGUCCCUCUCUGUGACAUGUGUGCACUUUUCUCUCAGACUUAUUUUGAGCUUUUUGCAGGUUUUUCUUUGAAGCAGAUGAUUAAAUGACCAAAUUUUCUUGUUACAGCAACGCUCCCAUUGUUGUCUCUAUAUUAUCUCUGUGUUUAGUCCAAUUCAGUUUAGGGUCUAAUAUGAUGCCAAGCAGCUUAGCCUCUCUUACCUCUUCCACUUGCUUUCCGGCUCAGUUGAGGAUCACAGACAAGCACAUGUCUGGAUCCUAAAACCAUGUAUUUUGUUUUGGUUAUGUUCAGAACUAGUUUAAUCUUAGCAACCCAAUUGUUUAACUCCUUUAGAGUGGACGCAGCUCUGUACAGAGUGGCAUCAUCUGCAUACAUAAAAACACUAGAUUAUUUGAGAAUAUGGAAAAGUAAAGAGGACCUACGGAACUUCCUUGAGGAACCCCAGACUGCAACUCCCAGCUAUCAACAGAACUGAUUAUUGAGUCCCUCAGUCUAAUUCAGUGAGUGACUGUUGAUGCCGACUGAACUGGAAUAAACUCAGAGAGAGAGAGAGAGAGAGAGAGAGUGUGAGAGAGAGAGAGAGAGAGAGAGAGAGAGAGAGAGAGAGAGAGAGAGAGAGAGAGAGAGAGAGAGAGAGAGAGAGAGAGAGAGAGAGAGAGAGAGAGAGAGAGAGAGAGAGAGAGAGAGAGAGAGAGAGAGAGAGAGAGAGAGAGAGAGAGAGAGAGAGAGAGAGAGAGAGAGAGAGAGAGAGAGAGAGAGAGAGAGAGAGAGAGAGAGAGAGAGAGAGAGAGAGAGAGAGAGAGAGAGUGUGUGUGUUUCCUCCAACACACCUGUGUGAAAUACUGUCAGACACGAGCGGAUCUCAGGUGUCUCUGAAAUGAUCCUGAACACAUAAAACAUGCAGAGAGUUCAAACAACCACCUAUAACACACACACACACACACACACACACACACACACACACACACACACACACAGCGACCUCCUCCUCUGUUGUAUAUGUGUAUGUCUCUGCAGGGACACAGUCAGGAGGUCUGUCAGAGCUGUUAUCUGCUUCCUCCCUCCCUCCCUCUCUCUCUCUCUCUCUCUCUCUCUCUCUCUCUCUCUCUCUCUCUCUCUCGCUCGCUCUCUCGCUGUAGUCCACCUGCAGCAGAGACCCGGUCCGUCCAUCAUUUCUGGGUCCUGUCGGCUCUGAGGCUGAUUUGUGGAGCUGAUGAAACAAACUGUUGGAGAUGAUUUCCCUCCUGAUUCAGCUGCUCCUCACUCCUCUGGACUGAAAUACUGCAGGAUCACACACUGAGCAGCAUCUAGGAUUUCCAGUUCUUCGUUAAAACGUCUCAAGUAAGUCCAGUUGUCCUUCCCAUGCGGUGAUUCCCACUCCAGAGUCCUGUCUGUUUAUAAUGCCCUGAAGAUCAGGACCAUCCAGUCAGCGUUGGGAAAGUUCACUUUCUACCUGGACUAGUUCAAAGUUCAGUUCCACGUUCAGGAAUCACAAGAACUCACAAAAACCUGCGGAUUCACGUGCAAACGCGCGAGAACGAGUCGUCUCUAUAAAGACAGCCGACCGUUUCCCUCAGUCCGACCUUUCCUGUCUGAGCUCAGACAGGAGGAUGUCCUUCAGUCUUUGUGUCAAACACUGAGCCGAUCAUGUCGGAGGAAACUGUUGAGCUCCUGACGCUCCAUGAGGCAGUUAUUGUUCCCAUCAUGCAUUGUGUUUGACACCAAGGAGCUGUGAGGAACACAGACCUCUAAUAAAACCGAUAUAACCCACACCUACUAUCAGACACACUGUUCAGACCUUCAAAAUAAAAGCCUUUCACAGGUAGAUAUUUAAAAUAGGAGCUUCUUUUGUGUGACCUUCAGCUGUGGGUGAACUCUGACCCCAGAUCAGCUGUUACAGCGCUCACACCCUCUCCUCAUAUCAGUGACCUGAGCUGAUUCAGAGCUCCUCUGAGGAAUCUAACUUUUUUAGACUUCUCUUCCAUCUGUGUUUUUUGGCGCUUUGUCGCCUCAUCUGUUGCUGCGUGUCUCCACGGAUCACCACAAUGUGAAUAUUUAAAGGAAACAGCAUAAAUAAACCAUCGCCCUACAAAUGGAUGUACUUAUCAGCAGCCAGACAAGCGACGGGCGAGAGGAUCAAACUCGAGCGGCGCGGCAGAAACAUCACCGCGUUCAGACGCACAGACACACACACGCCAGCACAGACAUCAUCUGUUAAAUAUCUAUGUCUGUUUCUACACUGGAGCUUUCAUUAGCACUCAAAUACAUUAUGAAUCAUAUUCAUCACGUCCACAGAGACCGUUGAGAUGUCCUCUAAGAACAUUGUUCAGUCAGAGCGAGUUAUCGCUGUCAUCGAAAAACUGUUUUACCGGGAAGAGUAAAGCAGGAUGAGGAUGGAGAGGGUGAUAUGGUCACGUAAUAGGAUCAGCUGAUGAACUGUGGGCGGAGCUUGACUCCAUGGCCUGCCUGAACCAACAUCCAUGAUGACUGUAAAGGGAUAUUCUGGCGUAAAACUAAUUUAGGGUCAAACACACUGUAACCCCGAGUUAGACCCCGCCUCCAGAGAUGAAUGUUGUCGACCGCUUGCUUCUCUAGUUAUACCAACUUUAGUAACGACCGCAGGAUAGAAAUACAGAGAGCCACGCCCUCAACCAAAACGCCACUCUAUAGCCACAAAACAACUCACCUACUCUCUUCCAGCAGCUGUUUGUUUGUAGUGAGACCUCAGGCCAGUCCAUUACAGACUACAGCGGGGUGCCGCAGCUCAAGGAAGAACAUUUAGGAUCAUUUCUUCAUGGAAAUACAAUCAGACCGAGACGCUAAGACAGAAGAACUACCGUGUCUGUAAAAUGAUUAAUAUGGUGAUUAUUACUUCAAGGAAAUGAUAAAGAAAUGAUCAUAAAUGUUCUUCCUUGAGCUGCGGCACCCCGCUGUAGUCCAUAAUGGACUGGCCUGAGGUCUCGCUACAAACAAGCACGUGUUUGACUCUAAAUUAAUUUUACGCCAGAAUAUCCCUGUAAAGUUUGCAUGAACAGGUGGUUGUUUUGAACUUUGGAACAAAAUUUACCUGAAGGUACAAAUAAAGUAACCUUUGACCUUUGGACUUUAUUCUAGAUGUUGGUUGUAAACAGAAGCAGAGACGCCGACUCUCUCCUGAGCAUGUUUGAAAGUGUCAGAGCGUAAAUCUCCAGGAGGAGCGCCGUAGGAGAUCAUGGACGCUAACCUGCUAGUUUUAAGUUCUGUGCUUCAAACAUCAACUGGGAGGAUUUAUACGCAGGUUUGAAAACCAUCAAAUUAAUGAAGUAUUUUAUGACCUUAAAGUUAGUACACGACGGCGAGAGCAGGAUGAGUCAUCUGCCGGUUUAUGGUCUAAAGGAAACAGUUCCUGUCGGCGUGGGCGAGUUUAAAAGUGACGUUGAUGGGAGGAGAACACGCCGACAUGUUCGAUAUAUGUUAGAGAAACAGAUUCAGAGUCUGAUCACUGAAGGAGUGUGUGUGUGUGUGUGUGUGUGUGUGUGUGUGUGUGUGUGUGUGUGCGCGUGCGUUUCAUUAUCCGCUCUCUGCUGUAUCAGUGGAGUCAAUCAGAGCUCAUUCAGGUGGGGGUUGGUUGGUUCGGCGGGUGGGUGGGUGUGGGACAUGCAGACCUUAUUUCCAGGUGGAGGCUCUGCAGCAUUAUCAUCCAUAUUAAACAAUAACCCGAUGGCUCUUAUUGUCACAGAACAAUAUCAGCGGUCAAUCAAUAAUGCAGCCCGGGCUCGAUGUGAAAUUGAUAUUCUGGCAGCGGUUAAUGCGGCGUGGCUGCGCGCCGCAGGAAUUACCUGCCUAAAUAAUGAGCGUGUGCAGAGUGAGCAGAUAUUUAUCUGAGGGAGGACUUCAUAUCACAGGAAACAUUAAUAUAAGAGCAGGAUAAGCAAACUCUCCUGCAGAUAAGAUGACUGCUAUCAAGCAGCUAAACGAUUCCCCUCCACCACGUGUCAAUAAGACGAGAGCCUCUGCAUUUGUAAAAGUUCUGCUUUAUUGACCAUUUACAUAGAAAUUGCCUGAUUUUAGACUAAAUAAGGACUUCUUUCAUUCACUUAUUACAGCUCUUUAUCCAAGGUCUGCGCCGGGAGAGACGCCGCCGCCGCCGCUGAUGGAGGAGGAGGAGGAGAGCGUCUAAAGACUACAGCAGGAGAAAGAGGAGGAGAAAGAGGAGGAGGAGAGAAAGAGAGCAUCUAAACACAACAGCUCUGAUGGAGGAGAAGGAGGAGGAAUAAGAAGGAGGAGAGAAGAGAGGAGAGGAGAAGGAGGAGGUGAGGAGGAGUAGGAGGAGGAGAGCGUCUAAAGACUAAAGCAGGAGAAAGAGGAGGAGAGGAGGAGGGGAGGAGGAGAGGAGGAGGAGGAGGAGGAGGAGAAAGAGAACGUCUAAACACUAUAGCUCUGAUGGAGGAGGAGAAAGAGGAGGAGGAGGAGGAGAGCAUCUCAGUACUACAGCUCUGAUGGAGGAGAAGGAGAAGGAGGAGGAAUAAGAAGGAGGAAAGAAAGAGGAGGAGGCGGAGAAGGAGAAGAAGGAGGUGAGGAGGAGAAAGAGGAGGAGGAGGAGAGAAAGAUAGCAUCUGAACACUACAGCUCUGAUGGAGGAGAAGGAGGAGGAAUAAGAAGGAGGAGAGAAAGAGGAGGAGAAGGAGGAGGUGAGGAGGAGAAAGAGGAGGGUGAGGAGAGCGUCUAAACACAACAGCUCUUAUGGAGGAGGAGAAAGAGGAGGAGUAGAGGAGGGGAGAAGGAGGAGAAAGAGAACGUCAACGUCUAAACACUACAGCUCUGAUGAAGGAGGAGGAGAAGAAGAGGCGGAGGAGGAGAUAAGGAGGAGGAGGAGAAGAGGAAAAGGAGGAGGAGGAGAUGAGGAGGAGAGGAGAGCAGAGCAUCUAAACACUACAACUCUGAUGGAAGAGGGGAGGAGCAGGAGGAGAGGAAGAGAAAUAGGAGGAGAAAGAGAGCAUCUCACCACUAAAGCUCUGAUAGAGCAAUUUCCUACUGAGAUGAGGAGAAGGAAGAGGAGGAGAAGAGGAGGAGAAGAAACAGGAGAAAGAUGAUGGAGGAGGAGAGAAGGCGGAAGAAGAGGAGAAGGUGGAGGAGGAGGACAUGUACAGGACUCAGGUUCUGGUUCAGGAUCUUCUCUGCAGACGUUUGAAAGAUGAUUGAAAAGAUUUUAAAAAUAAGUUUCUUUGGACUUUAGGAUCUCUGAUCCUGAUCCUGAUCCUGAUCCUGAUCCUGAUUCUGAUCCUGAUUCUGAUCCUGAUCCUGAUUCUGAUCCUGAUCCUGAUCCUGAUUCUGAUCCUGAUUCUGAUUCUGAUCCUGAUCCUGAUCCUGAUUCUGAUCCUGAUCCUGAUCCUGAUUCUGAUCCUGAUCCUGAUUCUGAUCCUGAUCCUGAUCCUGAUCCUGAUUCUGAUCCUGAUCCUGAUUCUGAUCCUGAUCCUGAUUCUGAUCCUGAUCCUGAUCCUGAUUCUGAUCCUGAUCCUGAUCCUGAUUCUGAUUCUGAUCCUGAUCCUGAUUCUGAUCCUGAUCCUGAUCCUGGUCUGGAUCAAACUGAGGAAACGGUGUCCCUGUGCACACAGAGAAACCCUGUUUUCAUGUACCUGUAAUAAUAUUCAUGAAGAAGAAGAAGAAGUUUUUCUUUAG